AUGGCGUGGGAUGCAGCCCUGCAGCAUCCUCCGUCCUGGCUGGGAUCCUCCGCCCUCCUCCUGUCCUGCUCCGGGGCUGCCGUGGCUCAGCUGAUCGAGGCCACCACGGAACCCCCCAAGAAGAAGCCGGACCCCGUGACUUCGGAGACCGUGGUCAUCUGGGGGCUCAGGCUCUGGCAGGUGGUCGGCAUCUUUGCCCUCUUCGUCCUGGCAGUCAUCAUCACCCUGUGCUGCAUCUUCAAGUGCCGGAUCCCGCGCACCAGGAAGGAGAUCGAGGCGCGUUACGCCCAGCGCCAGGCGGCCAAGAACUACGCGGACAAGCUGGACACUGUGCCGCCCCUCAACGAGCUCACAGAGAUCCCUGGAGGCUCUACUGAAACUCUCCUUACUCUCUCUGGUCAUGUCCAGCCCAGACCUCUCAACUCCCUGCCUGUGCUGAAAGAAGAGGAUGAAAUGGCCCUGCAAGGAAAUUAGGGAUCUGCCUUCCUGCCUGCCUGUCUGUCUGUGGCUUCUCUUUCCCGCUGGGAUCCAUCAGCCCUUGGACUUUCUGCUUCUCCUUUCUGCAUUUGGCCUCUGUUUUCUCCGGUUUUAGGACCUUUAUUUUCCUCUCUUCCCUGUGUCUCUGCAAACCCUGUGACCUGCUGCUUCCUAAAAACUGCAAGUUUCCUUCGUUCAAAAAUGGGAUGUUUCAGUCCCUGGAUCGUGGGAAGAGGCAGAUGAAACAACUGCAGCAGUUUAGUCCUACACCAGCAAAAUGCACAACUAAAAGAGUUUGCCAGUAGGAACUUGCCCAAAGCUCAGGAUUUCAGAGGUGUCCUGACAUCUGACCACGAACUGAGGAUGCUCAGACCCCUCUCUGGAGCAGAACCCGACUGGCCACUUGAAUUUAACCUGCUUUAAAGUCCAAGGUCACCCGAAGCUCAGCCUACAGAGGAAAAGAAGGAAGAAGUUCCCACCGUGUCUGGAAAAGUGGACACGGCUCAGGGGAAGAAAGAUGGAUCCAAGGGCACCAAGAAGAAGGAGGGGGAGAAGGAGGAGAAAGAAG